CUGUUUACCUUGAGGCUGGACGCUGGGCAGGGCCGCGGAGGGCCGUCCCCGGGGCCGGCCGCGCCGCCGGCAUAAAUAGGACACGCGGGCCUCGUGGGCGGCAGAGAGCGAGCCGCUGUCCAGCUCCCCGCCGCCGUCAUGGUCCUCACCGCCGCCCGCGUUCUCUUGCUCACCCUGGCUGCCCUCGGCGCAUCGGGCCAGGGGCAGAUCCCGCUGGGUGCAGACCUGGGCCCGCAGAUGCUACGCGAACUACAGGAGACCAACGCGGCGCUGCAGGAUGUGCGGGAACUGCUGAGGCAGCAGGUCAAGGAGAUCACGUUUCUGAAAAACACGGUGAUGGAGUGUGACGCGUGCGGGAUGCAACCCGCGCGCACCCCCAGACUGAGCGUGAGGCCCCUAAGCCAGUGCGCGCCCGGCUUCUGCUUCCCCGGCGUGGCUUGUACCGAGACAGCAAGCGGCCCGCGCUGCGGACCCUGCCCCGCAGGCUUCAGCGGCAACGGCUCGCACUGCGCCGAUGUCAACGAGUGCAACGCCCAUCCCUGCUUCCCCCACGUCCGCUGCAUCAACACCAGUCCGGGCUUCCGCUGCGAGGCUUGCCCGCCGGGGUACAGCGGCCCCACCCACGAGGGCGUGGGGCUGGCCUUCGCCAAGGCCAAUAAGCAGGUUUGCACGGACAUUAACGAGUGUGAGACUGGGCAGCAUAACUGCGUCCCCAACUCCGUAUGCGUCAAUACCCUGGGCUCCUUCCAGUGCGGCCCGUGCCAGCCCGGCUUCGUGGGAGACCAGGCAUCAGGCUGUCGUCGGCGCGCACAGCGCUUCUGCCCCGACGGCACGCCCAGCCCGUGCCACGAGAAGGCCGACUGCGUCCUGGAGCGUGAUGGGUCGCGAUCCUGCGUGUGCGGUGUCGGCUGGGCUGGCAACGGGGUCUUCUGCGGCAGCGACACAGAUUUGGACGGCUUUCCCGACGAGAAGCUGCGCUGCUCAGAGCGCCAGUGCCGAAAGGACAACUGCGUGGCGGUGCCCAACUCAGGGCAGGAGGACGUGGAUCGCGACGGCAUCGGAGACGCCUGCGACCCGGAUGCCGACGGGGACGGCGUCCUCAACGAGAAGGACAACUGCCCGCUGGUGCGGAACCCAGACCAGCGCAAUGCGGACGGCGACAAGUGGGGCGAUGCAUGCGACAACUGCCAGUCCCAGAAGAACGACGAUCAGAAGGACACAGAUAACGACGGCCGAGGCGACGCCUGCGACGACGACAUAGACGGCGACCGGAUCCGCAACGCAGUGGACAACUGCCCCAGGGUGCCCAACUCAGACCAGAAGGACAGUGAUGGCGAUGGUGUAGGGGAUGCCUGUGACAACUGUCCUCAGAAGAGCAACGCAGACCAGAGGGAUGUGGACCACGACUUUGUGGGAGAUGCUUGUGACAGCGACCAAGACCAGGAUGGGGAUGGGCACCAGGACUCGCGGGACAACUGCCCCACAGUGCCCAACAGCGCCCAGCAGGACUCAGACCACGAUGGCCAGGGUGACGCCUGUGACGACGAUGAUGACAACGAUGGGGUCCCCGACAGUCGGGACAACUGCCGCCUGGUGCCGAACCCGGGCCAGGAAGACGUGGACCGGGACGGCGUGGGCGACGCGUGCCAGGGGGACUUUGAUGCAGACAAGGUGGUGGACAAGAUCGAUGUGUGUCCGGAGAACGCUGAGGUCACCCUCACCGACUUCCGGGCCUUCCAGACGGUCGUGCUGGACCCCGAGGGCGACGCGCAGAUAGACCCUAACUGGGUGGUGCUCAACCAGGGGAUGGAGAUCGUGCAGACGAUGAACAGCGACCCUGGCCUGGGUGUGGGUUACACGGCCUUCAAUGGCGUGGACUUCGAAGGCACGUUCCACGUGAACACGGUCACGGAUGACGACUACGCGGGUUUCAUCUUUGGCUACCAGGACAGCUCCAGCUUCUAUGUGGUCAUGUGGAAGCAGAUGGAGCAGACAUACUGGCAGGCAAACCCCUUCCGUGCAGUGGCGGAGCCUGGCAUCCAGCUCAAGGCCGUGAAGUCCUCCACAGGCCCUGGGGAGCAGCUUCGGAAUGCACUGUGGCACACGGGGGACACAGAGUCACAGGUGCGGCUGCUGUGGAAGGACCCCCGCAAUGUAGGCUGGAAGGACAAGACGUCCUACCGCUGGUUCCUGCAGCACCGGCCCCAAGUGGGCUACAUCAGAGUGAGGUUCUACGAGGGCCCGGAGCUGGUUGCGGACAGCAAUGUGGUCCUGGACACGACCAUGCGGGGAGGCCGCUUGGGAGUCUUCUGCUUCUCCCAGGAGAACAUCAUCUGGGCCAACCUGCGCUACCGCUGCAAUGACACCAUCCCUGAGGACUACGAGGUCCAGAGGCUGCUGCAGGCCUAGGGACACAGGUGAGGACCCGCCACUGGAUGACGGCCACCCUCACGGCUGCCCUCACUGUGGGAGGCCAUCAGCACCCGGCCCCAAGAGGCAGCUGGCCUGGUGGGGAGGGAGAGGGGCUCAAAGAGGACAAAAUAAAGUGUGUGUG